AUGCUCCGACUCGCCGCCCUCUCCCGUUCCCACGUCAAGCAGCAGGUUCUUCCUCUCUCCUCUCUCGCCGACCGUCGUUUCGCCGUCGUUCACGCUCUCGCCGAUGACGGCGCCCCUCGAUCGCCACCGUCUCCCGGGGACCAGACCGCCGCGCCGUCGCACGCUCCGUCGUCCUCGUCAGGUUUCCACGGCAUUGCGGAAUCGGUUCUGUCCAGGUGUUCUCGUCCGUCAGAGGGGAAGGACCUGAAGAAGGUGAAGACCCGUGGGGACGCUUCCCUCAAGGACCUUCUUUUCGAGAUUUUCGACGUGAUACCCGACACUGCCCGUGGUCUGCUUAGAGCUUCUGAGCUGAAACCUCGGGAUGUGCUCCGAAUACUGUCGGGGUUUUCGUCCGAGGUUGAAAGGGUUGCGGUUGGAGUCGAAAAGGUGGAGUCUUUGUGGGAAGUUUUCAAGUUCCCGAUGGAACGGGGUGAGGGGUUUGAGCAUCUCCCCCGAGCAUACGAACUCAUGGGGUCGAUGCUAGCGCGGGCUGGGCUACUUAGAGAAGCUGAGUUGUUGCUGCGGGAUAUCGAAAGCCGAGGAAUUCCGUUGGAUGGUCAUGAAAUGUUCAGUGACUUGAUUGAGAGGUACGCUGGAGUUGGUGAUUUUGAGAGGAGCCUCUACCUGCUUGAUAAAAUGUCAAGCCGAGGUUUGGUACCGGCUUGCUCUUGUUAUUACGCGCUUAUUGAACUUUUAGUUAGAAGGAAGAAACCUCAGUUGGCUCUUAGGGUUUCUCUUCAUAUGAUCAACAGUGGAAUUAGCUUUGAUGCUCAGAAAGUAGACUUUGGUGCUGCUAUUAAAUUACUUUGCGAAGAAGGCAAAAUUCAGGAAGCGAGAAAUCUCGUCAAGAAGGCUGCUGGUUGUGGAUAUGAGCCGUGUAGCUCAGUUCUAUUUGAAAUUGUUUGUGCAUAUUGUGAGAAGAAAGACUUUGAAGAUCUGCUGAGUUUCUUUGUUGAGUUGAACCGUGCACCGGAUGUUCAAGCCGGCAAUAGGAUGAUAAAUGCUCUCUGUUUGAAUUCUGGCUUAGAGAGGGUGCACCAGUUUAGACUUAAAUUGGAGAAGUUAGGUUUCAAGCCUGACGAAAUAACCUUUGGAAUCUUAAUAGGUUGGUGCUGUCGUGAAGGAAAUUUGAAAGGUGCUCUUGUUUAUUUGUCGGAAGUAUUGGGAAGAGGUUUCAAACCAGAUAUACGUUCGUAUAAUGCUAUAAUUAGUGCAGUCUUUAAAGAGGGUAUGUGGGAGCAUACAUGCCAUAUUCUUGAUGAGAUGAUGGAGAGAUGCGCAACACCGAAUAUUUCAACUUACAAAAUUUUCUUAGCAGGGUAUUGUAAAGCUAGAAAAUUUGAUGAAGUUAGGACUGUCGUUGACAGAAUGAUGAAACUUCAUCUAAUUCAUCUUUCUUCCACUGAGGAUCCACUUUCAAAGGCUUUCACAAUGUUGGGUUUCGGUCCACUAGAUGUGAAGUUGAAGAGAGACAGUGAUACCAAAUUUUCAAGGACAGAGUUCUAUGAUAAUCUUGGCAAUGGACUUUAUUUGGAUGCAGAUAUUGAUGAGUUUGACAAAAGAAUAAAUGGGAUCCUCGAUGACUCUUUCCUUCCUGAUUUUAACUCGCUCAUGAUGAAACAGUGCAGGCAUGGAAAUCUAAAAUACGCAUUGAGGUUGGUUGACGAAAUGGUUCAAUGGGGGCAAAAAUUGUCUUUGUCUGUCCUGUCGGCUAUAGUCAAGGGGAUUUGUACAUCUUAUCCUUCUGUCAAACGUAUAGAUUAUCUUCUGGAGAAAAUGCCUAGAUCUAUCAGCCAGUUAGAUGCAGAAACUCUCAACUUGCUCGCCCAAUUUUACAGCAAGAGAGGAUGCAGACAAAAGGCUAGGAUUCUUUUGGAUGGGAUGCAGGAACGAGGCUUAGUGAUUGAGAACGAGACUUAUAACAUCUUUAUGACAAGUCUUUCUGAGAAAGGAUUUCUGAGAGAAAUUAGUGGUUGCUUGGAUCUGGUUAGAGAAUCUAAGUGGGUUCCAGGACUGAAAGACCUUGAAGCUCUUGUUGGUUGUCUUAUCCAGGAUGCAUUGAUCAGUGAAGCACUAGAGCUUUUUGAAAGCACUCUUAUGGGCUUCCCUCUCUCUAAUGUUGUUGAUGUCUUCCUUGAGAAACUCUGUGAUGCGGGUUUAAGUACCAUUGCAUAUACACUUGUGAAAGAAAUGCAUCAGAGGGGUUGCUUAAUAGAGGAUACGGCAUAUACUCACCUUAUAAGGGGAUUUUGUUGGGAAAAGAAAUACUUAGAAGCCUUAAGUAUAUUUGAUACCAUGCAAGCCAAGAGACUGUUCCCUCAUCCAGAUGCUUCAGUUUUGUUAAUUCCUCUUCUUUGCAAAGCAAAAAGGUUUACUGAAGCAAUUGCAGUAAACAAGGCUGUGCCAGGAGAUAAUUCUUCCUUGUCACUUUCUGCUCAUUGUGCUUUACUAAAGGGUUAUUUUAUGGCAGGUGAAUUAAAAGAAGCGUCAAAUUUAUUUUGGGAUCUAUCCUCAAAGGGAAUGAGUCCACAUGCUGAAGCCUGUGCUGUAAUGGUGUGGGGGAUUUGUCAAGCAAACAACUUAUGGAAAAUUAAGGAGUUGCUUGCUUAUAUGCUGAGAAGAAAUUUGAGCCUCUCUGUUUCCUGUUUUAGGAUGAUUGGCCGCUUGAUGUGCAUAGGAGGGCAGGCCCAUGUGGUAUUAAACCUUAAAGAGCUUCUGGUGGGACCAAGCAACUCUCAUGGCCUCAUCGUCUAUAACAUACUUAUUUUCUAUGCUUUCUCAUCUGGAAAGAUCUUUCUUGUGAGGAAAAUUUUGGAUGAGCUGCAAGAGAAGAAAUUGCAGCCAGAUGAAGUCACCUACAAUUUUCUUGUACAUGGGUUUUCUAAAAUUAUGGACUUCUCCAGUUCUUUGCAUUAUCUAUCGAUCAUGAUCUCCAAGGAACUGACUCCGAGUAAGCGCAGUUUGAGGAGUAUCAUUACCUGCUCAAGUGAAUUAUCGGAUCCUGGAAUGUGCAUAUGGUUGAGUCAAGAACUGGAAUCUAGGGGCUGGAUCACUCAUUCAACCAUUCAAAGUGCUGUGGUUAAAGGUCUCCUUUCUCAUGGUAAGCUUGGUGAAGCAGAAAAGUUCGUGGAUCGGAUGGUAGAGAAAAAUUUGGUUCCUGAUGGUGUCAUUUAUGAUGGUCUCGUCAAGCAGUUGUCUCGUCAAGGAAAAAUGAAGAAGGCAGUCCAUCUUAUGAACAUAAUGUUGAAUAGCCGAAGCAUUCCUACUUCUUCCUGCUACGAUUCUCUCGCAUGUGGUCUCUGCAGAAGUAAUGAAUUGAAGCUAGCGUUGGAUAUUCAUGCUGAGAUGUUGAGUAGGGACUUGAGACCGAGUAUGCAGGCAUGGGCUGCACUCAUACGAAAAUGUUGCGAAGUUGGAGAAACCACAGAAGCAGAGAAGCUGCUGGCUUCAAUGACACAGGUCGGUGAACUCCCAACCAGGGAGAUGUAUCGGCUUGUGAUAAACAGAUACUGCUGUGAGAAUAAUUCUGAAAGGGCAUCUGACCUUGUGCGAGCCAUGCAAAAUAUCGGUUAUGAACCGGACUUUGACGCACAAUGGUCUAUCAUAAGCACUUUAAACAAACCAGAGGUCAACGCUGAUGACAAGAGCAAUGGGGGUUUCCUAUCGCGGCUUCUUUCAGGAAGUGGAUUCGCUUCAAGAAAAUUAUAG